AUGGCCAGUCGUGUUGAUUACUUCUCUUGUUGGCAUCGCGCGAAACGAGCUGUUGCAAAUUGCCUGAAGCUAAAGGAACGGCUGAAGAAUCAUCGCACGAAACCGAAUCCUGAUACUACGACCGAAGAACAUCGCAAGCGACUGACAGUAGAACAGCUUCAGCAAUCGGAAUCAGCAAUCCUCAAGAUGGUCCAAGAAGAAGCAUUCCCCGAAGAAAUGAGAAUUUUACGCCAAGGGGACACUUCAAACAGAAAGGGAAUGAGCGAGUUAAAGGUGUCGUUGAAGAGAGCAAGUUGUCUGUACCGACUGGAUCCAUUCCUCGAUCCUGACGGCGUACUCAGAGUGGGUGGUCGCAUAAAACUGUCCAGCCUCCCCUACCACAUCAAACAUCCGGCUAUUCUUCCACGAAAGGGACAUGUCACCACACUGAUACUACGAUACUACCACCAAAGGUUAAAUCACCAAGGACGCGGCAUGACCUUAAACGAGUUACGACAGAACGGAUUUUGGAUAAUCGGUGGAAGUUCGGCAGUCGGGUAUCAUAUUGCGAAUUGUGUCACCUGUCAAAGGCUUCGCGGUGUUGUACAAGAACAGAAAAUGGCGGAUCUUCCGAUAGACAGACUCGAACCUGCACCCCCAUUCACGUUCUGCGCGGUGGAUUAUUCCGGGCCCUGGCAUAUCAAGGAAGGAAGGAAGGAGCUGAAGCGGUACGGCGUCGUUUUUACUUGCCUGGCAUCCCGCGCGAUUCACCUAGAAGUUGCUAAAACGCUGGAAACUGAUUCAUUCAUAAACGUACUUCGCUGUUUCCUGGCCAGACGAGGCCCAGUCCGCCAGCUUAGAUCUGAUCAAGGCACCAACUUAGUCGGGGCUCGUAGAGAGUUAACAGAAGCCUUGAGUAAACUGAAAACUGACGAAGUGCGACAGUUUCUGCUAAAGAAGGAAUGCGACUGGUUUGAUUUCAAGGUGAACGCACCGAAGGCCAGUCAUGCAGGAGGAGUCUGGAAGCGCAUGAUUCGCACAGUACGCAAUGCUCUUGAUGGCCUGCUGGAACAGCAUGGAACACAACUAGAUGAAGAAUCAUUGAGAACCCUGAUCUGUGAAGCUGAAGCAAUCGUGAACAGCCGUCCUAUCGUUACCGAUGGGACUAACAACCAUCUGCUCACUAUGAAAUCAAGGGUAUUGAUGGCCCCACCAGGAGAAUUUCAACGGGCAGACGUCUACUUAGUCAAGAGAUGGAAACGCGUGCAAUACCUUGCUAAUCAGUUCUGGGAAAGGUGGCGGAAGGGAUUCCUGCUAUCACUUCAAGAAAGACAAAAAUGGAAUAAAUGUCGCAGAAACGUGCAAAGGGGAGAUAUAGUGUUGUUAAAGGAAGAAUCGACAGCGCGCAAUCAGUGGAAAAUGGGACGCGUAGAAGAAGCGUGCGCCGAUGAAGACGGUCUGGUUAGAAGAGUAAAGAUUGUCGUAAGUGAUCGGCUGUUGAACGAGAUCGGGGAGAGAAUUCGACCGGUUUCGGUUUUAGAACGACCUAUACAAAAGCUGAUAGUGUUGAUGAAGAUCGAAGAAAUUGAGGAUAACUGA